AAGACGAGCGACAGCUGAGAGCGCCUUUCAAUGGAUAAAAACAUCGCCGCGUCUCCUCAGCCUGUUUGACAACAAGCCGCCUUUUACUGGAAGGAAAAACACAAUAGAAGGAACAAACGGGGGGAAAACGUUAUUGGAAAUCAUCGCCAUCCAGGCUCGAACCUGACAGGCAUUGCUAUGCUCCCAGAGUGACCGGAGAUUAGCUGGUGCAGCUACCAGAGCAGGAUGUCAAUAUGGCUGCUCAGCUGCUCGUUCCACCCGGACCUGACAGCUUCCGGCCCUUCUUGCCCGAGUCUCUCGCCGCUAUCGAGCAACGCAUCGCAGAGGAGGCGGCCCAGCGGCCCAAAGGCGAGAGACGGCCUGAUGACGACGACGAAAACGGGCCCAAACCCAACAGCGAUUUGGAGGCGGGAAAAUCCCUGCCGUUCAUCUACGGAGAUGUUCCGCCACACAUGCUGUCCGUCCCGCUGGAGGACCUGGACACCUACUACAGCAACCAAAAAACCUUUAUAGUUUUGAAUCGUGGGAAGGCUAUAUUUCGCUUUAAUGCUACGCCGGCCUUGUAUAUUUUGAGUCCUUUCAAUCCAUUAAGGAGAAUCUCCAUCAGGGUCCUGGUGCAUUCUCUGUUCAGUUUUGUGAUCAUGUGCACAAUCUUGACCAACUGCGCCUUCAUGACGCUCAGCAAUCCCCCAGAAUGGGCCAAGAACGUGGAGUACACGUUCACAGGGAUCUACACCUUCGAGUCCCUGAUUAAGAUCCUGGCUCGGGGCUUCUGCGUGGGGAAGUUCACUUUCCUGAGAGACCCCUGGAACUGGCUGGAUUUCAGUGUCAUUCUGAUGGCGUAUGUAACUGAGUUUGUAAACCUAGGCAAUGUGUCAGCUCUCCGCACUUUCAGAGUGCUCAGAGCUUUGAAAACUAUCUCAGUCAUCCCAGGACUGAAGACCAUCGUCGGCGCUCUGAUCCAGUCAGUGAAGAAGCUGUCAGACGUGAUGAUCCUGACCGUGUUCUGUCUAAGUGUGUUUGCUCUGAUCGGACUGCAGCUCUUUAUGGGAAACCUGCGGCAGAAGUGUGUGAAGAUGCCGGAGGUCAAUGUCACUGAAAACCUAACCGACUACAGCAACGGUUUAGAGCUGCACAACUCCACCUUCAACUGGACAGAGUAUAUUAGUGAUUCUAACAAUUAUUAUUUCAUCCCAGGCCGCAGGGAUGCUUUGCUUUGUGGGAAUUCAAGUGAUGCAGGGCAGUGCCCUGAAGGUUUCACAUGUAUAAAAGCAGGACGUAAUCCAGACUACGGCUACACAAGCUUUGACACGUUCAGCUGGGCUUUCCUCUCACUCUUCCGACUCAUGACCCAAGACUUCUGGGAAAACCUCUACCAGCAGACUCUGCGCGCAGCUGGAAAGCCCUAUAUGAUCUUCUUUGUUCUUGUGAUCUUCCUGGGCUCCUUCUAUCUGGUCAAUCUCAUCUUGGCUGUGGUGGCCAUGGCAUAUGAUGAGCAGAACCAGGCUACUAUAGAGGAGGCACAACAGAAAGAGGAAGAGUUUCAGGCCAUGCUGGAACAGCUGAAGAGACAACAAGAAGAGGCACAGGUUGCUGCGGCAGCAGCGACAGAAAGCGGGGAGUACAGCGGAAGGGGGGGCCUGUCGGAGGAGAGCUCCUCUGGGGGGUCCAGACUGAGCUCGAAGAGUGCUAAAGAAAGGAGGAACCGCAGGAAGAAGAGAAAACAGAGGGAGGAAGAGGAGAAAGCCGACCAAGAGAAAUUCCACAAGUCUGCCUCAGAGGACAGCAUCAGGCGGCCGGGCUUUCGCUUCUCUAUUGAUGCCAACCGACUCUCGUAUGAAAAGAAAUGCUCAACUCCUAACCAGUCUCUUCUCAGCAUUCGUGGAUCUCUUUUCUCUCCACGGAGGAACAGUCGUGCGAGCCUUUUCAGCUUCCGUGGCAGAGCUCGAGACUUUGGCUCAGAGAAUGAUUUCGCGGACGAUGAGCACAGCACGUUUGAGGAUAGCGACAGUCGACGAGGAUCCCUAUUCGUGCCUCGUUGUGUUGAGAGGCGAAGUUCCACUGUCAGCCACUGCAGCCUCACAGCACCCAGGAUUAUGCUGCCGGCCAAUGGGAAAAUGCACUGCACAGUAGACUGCAAUGGAGUGGUUUCCCUGGUGGGCGGGACAUCUGUGCCAACAUCACCAAUAGGACGUUUGCUACCUGAGGGCACAACAACUGAGUCUGAAGUACGCAAGAAACGUUCAGGAUCACACCAGCCUUCUGAUUACCUAGAGGAAACAGUAGCCAGGAAAAGAGCUAUGAGUGUGGCCAGUAUUCUCACCAAUACUAUGGAAGAACUGGAGGAAUCGCGGCAGAAGUGCCCUCCUUGUUGGUACAAGUUUGCCAACAGCUUCCUGAUCUGGGACUGCAGUCCGGCUUGGCUGAAGGUGAAGGAGAUCAUGAACAUGAUCGUGAUGGAUCCGUUUGUAGACCUGGCCAUAACCAUCUGCAUUGUUCUCAACACCCUCUUCAUGGCUAUGGAACACUACCCGAUGACUACCCAGUUCAGCCAUCUGCUGUCAGUUGGGAACCUGGUAUUCACAGGAAUCUUCACAGCAGAGAUGUGUCUGAAGGUCAUUGCUCUGGAUCCUUAUUAUUACUUCCAAGAAGGCUGGAAUAUCUUUGAUGGCAUCAUUGUGAGUCUGAGUCUUAUGGAGUUGGGCCUGGCCAAUGUGGAGGGGCUUUCAGUGCUGCGCUCCUUUAGAUUGUUAAGAGUUUUUAAGUUGGCAAAGUCCUGGCCCACCUUGAACAUGCUGAUAAAGAUCAUUGGUAACUCAGUCGGUGCUCUGGGAAAUCUAACCCUCGUCCUGGCCAUCAUUGUCUUCAUCUUCGCUGUGGUGGGAAUGCAGUUGUUCGGGAAGAGUUACCGCGAGUGCGUUUGCAAGAUCUCGGAAAGUUGUGAGCUGCCGCGGUGGCACAUGGAUGAUUUCUUCCACUCCUUCCUGAUCGUGUUCCGGGUACUUUGUGGUGAAUGGAUCGAAACCAUGUGGGACUGCAUGGAAGUGGCGGGACAGUCCAUGUGUCUCAUCGUCUUCAUGAUGGUCAUGGUCAUUGGGAAUCUGGUGGUGUUGAACUUGUUCCUGGCCUUGCUGCUGAGCUCCUUCAGUGCCGAUAAUCUGGCCGCCACCGAUGACGACAGCGAAAUGAACAACCUGCAGAUCGCCGUGGGCAGAAUACAGAAAGGUAUCGCUCUGGUCAAGUCCACUCUCCGUCAGUUCCUGCAAAGCCUCUUCCUGGCCGGCUCUAAACCACGCUCUCUAGAUGAGGAGAAGCCCCUUGACGACCUCCACAGUGACGGCAAAGAGAACUGCCUGUCCAAUCACGCUCCGGUGGCCGUCGAUCUCACUAAGGACUAUCUGAAGGAGGGAUGCGUCUCUCCUGGUAAUGGGGUGGAGGGUCACGUAAAGUAUGGAAUUGAGGAAGGCGACUACAUGUCGUUCAUACACAAUCCCAGCCUCACGGUUACAGUACCGAUAGCAGUGGGAGAGUCGGACUUUGAAAAUCUGAACACGGAAGAUUUCAGUAGCGAAUCAUCUGAUGUGGAGGGAAGUAAAGAGAAGCUACCUGUUGAUACAGUUCUCAGUUCCUCGGAGGGGAGCACAGUGGAUAUUCGCCCCCCUGGAGAGGGGGCAGAGUCUGUCGAAUUGGAGCCAGAGGAGUCCCUGGACCCGGAGGCCUGCUUCACAGAAGGCUGUGUGAUGAGGUUUCAGUGCUGUCAGGUUGAUGUGGAGAAGGGAAAAUGGAAGAGUUGGUGGAUUCUCAGGAAAACCUGCUUCAUCAUUGUCGAGCACAACUGGUUUGAGUCCUUCAUCAUCUUCAUGAUUUUACUCAGCAGCGGAGCACUGGCUUUCGAGGAUAUUUACAUCGAGCAGCGCAAGACCAUAAAGACGGUGUUGGAAUAUGCAGAUAAAGUCUUCACAUAUAUAUUCAUCCUGGAGAUGCUUCUGAAGUGGGUUGCUUACGGCUUCGUCAAAUACUUCACCAACGCCUGGUGCUGGCUUGACUUCCUGAUUGUUGAUGUGUCGUUGGUGAGUCUGGUUGCAAAUGCUCUUGGUUAUUCUGAACUAAGUGCCAUUAAGUCCUUGAGAACACUGCGUGCUCUUAGACCUUUGAGAGCACUGUCGCGCUUUGAGGGAAUGAGGGUGGUAGUGAACGCUCUUCUCGGAGCCAUACCUUCCAUCAUGAAUGUGCUGCUGGUGUGCUUGAUCUUCUGGCUGAUCUUCAGCAUCAUGGGGGUGAACCUCUUUGCUGGGAAAUAUUACUAUUGCGUUAAUAUCACCAACGAUGAGCUGUUUCCCGUCAGUGUGGUCAACAAUAAGUCCGAUUGCUUUGCUCUGAUUGAAAACAAUGAUACGGCGCGCUGGAAAAACGUGAAGAUUAAUUUCGAUAAUGUGGGAGCCGGAUACCUGGCACUACUGCAAGUGGCCACAUUUAAAGGGUGGAUGGACAUCAUGUACGCAGCUGUAGAUUCUCGUGAUUUGGAGCAACAGCCUGUCUAUGAAACAAACCUUUACAUGUACCUGUACUUCGUCAUAUUCAUCAUCUUCGGCUCCUUCUUUACCCUCAACCUCUUCAUUGGUGUCAUCAUCGAUAACUUCAAUCAGCAGAAGAAAAAGCUUGGAGGUCAGGAUAUCUUCAUGACAGAAGAGCAGAAGAAAUAUUACAAUGCCAUGAAGAAGUUGGGAUCUAAGAAGCCUCAGAAGCCAAUUCCUAGACCUGCGAAUAAGUUUCAAGGCCUUGUCUUUGACCUAAUCACCAAACAAGCCUUCGACAUAAUCAUUAUGAUCCUGAUCUGCUUGAACAUGGUGACCAUGAUGGUGGAAACCGAUGACCAGACAGAGGAUAUGGACAAUAUUCUAUACUGGAUAAACCUGGUUUUCAUCAUCCUCUUCACUGGAGAAUGUGUCCUGAAGAUGAUCUCCCUGCGCCACUACUUCUUCACCAUCGGCUGGAAUGUGUUUGACUUUGUUGUGGUGAUUCUGUCAAUUGUUGGCAUGUUCCUGUCUGAAAUGAUAGAGAAAUAUUUUGUUUCGCCAACCUUAUUCCGAGUCAUUCGACUUGCCCGAAUUGGUCGCAUUCUUCGUCUCAUCAAAGGAGCCAAAGGCAUUCGUACCCUCCUGUUUGCCUUGAUGAUGUCACUUCCUGCCUUGUUCAAUAUUGGCCUCCUCCUCUUCCUGGUCAUGUUUAUCUAUGCCAUCUUUGGAAUGUCCAACUUUGCCUAUGUGAAACGAGAGGCGGGGAUUGACGACAUGUUUAACUUUGAGACAUUUGGGAACUCCAUGCUUUGCCUGUUUCAAAUCACCACUUCGGCAGGAUGGGACGGCCUCCUGGCGCCUAUCCUGAACAAGCAAGAUCCAGAUUGCGACAGCGAAAUGGAGCAUCCGGGGAGCUUCUACCGAGGUAACUGCGGAAAUCCCUCGGUCGGCAUCUUCUUCUUUGUGAGCUACAUCAUCAUCUGCUUCCUGAUCGUGGUCAAUAUGUACAUUGCUGUGAUCUUGGAGAACUUUAGUGUAGCUACAGAGGAGAGCGCUGAACCACUCAGCGAGGACGACUUUGAAAUGUUCUAUGAAGUCUGGGAGCGGUUUGACCCUAAUGCCACACAGUUUGUUGAGUACAACAAGCUUUCUGACUUUGCGGAUGCUCUGGAUCCUCCGUUACGCAUUGCCAAGCCAAACAAGAUCCAGCUUAUAGCCAUGGACCUGCCCAUGGUCAGUGGCGACCGCAUCCACUGCCUGGACAUCCUAUUUGCCUUUACCCUGAGGGUACUGGGAGAGGAGGGCGAGAUGGAUGCCCUGAGGGGACAGAUGGAGGACCGCUUCAUGGCCUCAAAUCCCUCAAAAGUCUCCUACGAGCCCAUCACCACAACCCUUAGGAGGAAACAGGAGGAAAUGUCAGCUGUGGUCAUCCAGAGGGCCUUCCGACGGCACCGUAUAAGACAAACAGUAAAGAAGGCCUCGGAAGCGUACCGCAAACAGCUACAAGACGGGGGCGGGCGGAUCCCAGAGAAAGAGGUGCUCGUCAUCGGAAAGUUUCAAGAGAACUCUGCGUCAGACAAAACAGAUAUGACUCCCUCUUCAGCCUCUCCGCCAUCUUAUAACAGUGUGGCCAAGUCAGAGAAAGACAAAUAUGAAAAGGAGAGGCGAGAGAAGGAGGACAAAGCAAAAGAUACAAGGGACAGAAAAAAAUGAAUGAGGGAUUGAAACAGAGACUGUUCAUUUCAACUGAGACACUGUUUACAGAGCGGAGCGUGAGCACCGGGGUGCAAUUCACCUCAAGCGGUUUUGGAACUAAUGCCAAACUGAGCGUGUGUGGGGCGAAGUGUGUGUAUGUGCGUGUGUCUAGACUACUGUGUGCAUGCACACCGAGCUAGCCUUAGGGGUGCAUUUAUGGUGUUGACGGAAAGCGUUCAUAUGAGGACAGUGGUAGUGUCGACCCAGAGAACACACACACACACACACGCUUCAGUAUGACUGUUGAAUCACUAAGGACACUGAUGUGAAACAAAAUGGCAAGUAUAGAGUGGUGUGUGAGUUCGUCUUUUAGUUUUGAGUGUUGUUACACAAUCCCAAGGACUGAAAGAAACUGUUAUAGUCAUCAGUAGCUAGUGCUAACACUACCGCUGGUGUCUUUCUUAUUGAAUGGCGUAUUAUAUACCUGCACAUUUUUGUUAGCUCAUUUUUUUAAAUCAUGUUGAACUUUUCUACUCAUGGGUUUGAUUGUCUUAAUUACUUCAUUUAAGGGCACGUCUAUGGAGGGGCUGGAGAAUGUCGAUCAUAUCCGGUAGUGAAAUAUCUGAACACUACAAUAACGCGACCUCGUUUACUUUAGCAUUAGCGCUUGCCGAACAAUCCACACUCACACACAUACAUACAUCAAGUGCUACAAAAUCAUUUGCUCGGUAAACUGAGAGUAGAAUGCUACUGUACUAAUCAGGACUUUCACACAUAGAAUGUUUAUAUUAUUUACGGAUAAAGAUGUAGACCGUGUCUGCACUGCCUUACUAAACGCAAACACAGAAAUGGAUCAAUUGAAAAAUCUUCCGCUGAUGAUAACAGAAUGAGCCAAAUUUGUUUUAUCUAAACACAUUGAUGAAUGUUCUGGGAUCAUGUUCAGUUCAGCAUUUGUGUUACUGUAAGGCACUUACAAUGGAAAUAUAAGAGGGGGUUAACAAUAAACAUUCUAAAAAAAUUUUUUACAUAAUAUACAAAAGGCAUUUUAUGAUAUGUGCUAACAUGAAAUAUAAUCGCUUACUAAUCCUGUUUUGUCUUUCACCUCUGUUGUCAUGGCAACGCCUGUAAAGCCUGUAAACUUAAUAACUUUCGCACUGUAUCUGCACAAAGACACAAAAACGGGAGGUGUUGCAACUUCCUUUGGCGUUGUGCUAAAUGACCAAAUCUUAAAGAUGCCACUUCUUAUAAUUUGUAUGUUUUUUUCUUGAUGUUAAGUCUACAUUUAAUGUUUCAUACACUAAAAACAGUCCUCUUGUUUACAUGAAGCUAAGCCAGAUUGUUGUCAACAACAGAUAUUAAGCUUGUAUUCAAGUUAAAUCUAUGUGCAUUUGUAAUGGAGGCAAGCUAGGGGCCAUGGUUUAAGCCUCCUUGUUAGAAAAAAACAACAACUCCCAUGCAGAGAGUUGCCGGUUGGAUCCCAGCUCGGAGAGGGUUGGGUAGUGUAGGACUGGCGGAGUUGCAUUGGUGCCAUGACCCGGAUGGGACUGAGGUUUAGGUGGCUGGGUGUAACGGAGGCCAGCUAGUGAAGUGCUGUACAGGUAAGCCUCACUCCUCUGACCUUUAAAAGGUCUUCUAGCAAGAGACGCUAGGGGCCAUGGUCUGUAACCUCCUUGUUAGAGCAACCAACUCCCAUGCGGAGAGUUGCCAGUUCGAUCCUAUCUCGGAGAGGGUUGGGUGGUGUAGGACCGGUGGGGUUACAUUAAUGCCGUGACCUGGAUGGGAGUGAGAUUUAGGGGAUGUGAGUGUAACGGAGGCCAGUUAGUGAAGUGCUUUACAGGUAAACCUCAGUCCUCUGACCUCUAAAAGGUGCUCCAGCGACAGACGCUAGGGGCCAUGGUCUUUAGCCUCUGUGUUAUAUCACCCGACUACCAUGCGGAGAGAGCGGGUUGGGUGUUGUACGCAUUGACAACAAAAUGGCCAGAAGUGUCUGGAUAGGCAACAAACACAAGUGAUGAGUUGUACAUAUUUGACUGUGAGCCUUUGAGGUUUGGACAGUUUACUUCUAUUGUAAGUGCCUUAUUCUAACCGCCUCAGUUCAUCAAAAAUUUAUAUUAUGCAACAAACGCUGUUCACUGAACACCAAACAUUCUUUUAAUUGUACACCACGGAUGAAGGCAAAGACAAGACAUGCAUCCACUCCUCCGUGAAACUACCGCAAUGUUAACAGACUCCGGGAAGCCUGAAUGUACACACUCACUUAUGAACGUGAUGGGAAAUGUCAGUGUAACCCUACUGAAUGUCUCUGUACCAGACUGCCACAUGUCUAACGUCCUCAUUUUUAUGUUAAACAAAAAAAGAAAGAAAGAAAAAAAAAACAUGUGUAUAUCUUCCGAAUCUAAAACCAUUCCGUGCAUAGGUGCAGGUCAACCUGUCAGUGGAUCUCUACUGAAAAACUAAAAUAUUUCCUUGUUUUAAAGUUCAGUGUCUGUCACCAAACGACGGAAACACCCAGAGUUUGGCUGAACGGGACCAUAACUAGGGGGCAAAUGCUGGGGGCCCCUAAAAUCAUCACCACCGUUCCCCUCUUUUGCGAUGGCCGUGUGGCUGAAUAACGCGAUUAUGACAUGAGCUCUUCUGUUGAACUAGUGGUGGUGAUUUUGUAUGUAUAUACUGGCACGCUGUAUCUCACCUCUGUACUCAACUCUGUAGAGGAGCACUUUUACACGCCACUUAAACUGUCAUUUGGAUGCAUGUGAUCAAUUGUGAGAGAGAUGCGCGCGUGUGAGUGUGAAAGAAAAAGAUUACGAGAGCUUAUUUAUGUGAGAGAGAUCUAUAUGUGUGUUUUUGACUGUAUGUACCUGGGGCCACCAUUGAUGUGCUUUAUUCUCAUUCUCUUUAUUGUUUAUAAUGUAAAUAGUAGGUUCAAGCUCAUGUUAUUGUUUUAGUUUUUGUUUGGUUUUUAUUUUAUUUUAAUUUUAAAUGGACUUAUUUUGUUUACAUUUUUUGCACAGUGCUACAUGUGAAGGCCAGGUCCUGGUUUUAAAUGUACAUAAAAAUUUAUGAAGCAA